GGAUUGAGAAGAGAGAUAGAAAUUUCAAUGAGGAUGUUUAAGCCACAGACUCUUUAUGAUGCUUAUGCUUUAGCCCGGCUACAAGAGUCUUUUAUUCAGGAGGCACAAAAGUUAGCUUUAACAUGUAAACUUCAACCCAAACCAACUGCACCCUUAUUACCUACACCAAACACUUCUCCUCGGACACCUAAUGCUACUACAAAAACAUUCACUUCUACCAACUCUACCAAAUUACCUUACCCAAACACUAGACCAUCAAACACCUCUCCCAAACAUAUUAAGCCCCUUACCAGACAGGAGAUGGAGGAGCGAAGGCGAAAAGGAUUAUGCUAUUGGUGUGAUGAAAAAUUCACCAAUGGUCACAAAUGCAAAAAUAUGCAGUUGUUUUCCAUUGAAGUUGUUGAGGGUGAUGAAGGAGAAGAAGGGGAAGUCUUUGAGGAAGCCACAGAAGAACUUCCAGAUGACUCCAAUCCACACAUGUCUGUUCAUGCAUUAUCUGGAGGUAGCAGUGGAGCUUACCGUACAAUGAGGGUAACUGGAUAUGUGAAUAAGAAACCUAUUCACAUACUCAUUGAUUCUGGGAGUACUCAUAAUUUUUUAGAUGUUAAUGUGGCAAAAAGGGUUGGCUGUAAGUUACAAGCUGUUGAGGCUUUGAAAGUUGAUGUAGUUGAUGGAAGUUCACUGGAAUGUGUCCAUAUGUGCCAAGAUUUUACUUGGUGGUUACAAGGUAAACCAUUUCAUACGGAUACAUUAAUUUUACCUCUUGGUAGUUGUGAUAUGGUGUUGGGAAUUCAAUGGCUAGAGACCUUGGGUGACAUUUUGUGGAAUUUUAAGACUUUACGCAUGGAGUUUGCUGUCAAUGGACAAAAUCUGAUUGUUGAUGCUGUCGGAGGAUGUGGCACUUGGCAAACUGAAGAAAAUAAAGCUGAAAACGCUUCCAAGAAGGUUUCAACUUGUUCUGAAUUGGAGAAAUUAUUAUUAGAGUAUGUUGAUCUCUUUGCAGAACCUAAAGGCCUUCCUCCCCACAGAGCUCAUGAUCAUAAAAUUUGUUUAAAGGCGGGAACUAAUCCUAUUAAUCAAAGGCCAUACAGAUAUGCAGGAGUACAGAAGGAUGUCAUUGAAAAGAUGACUCAAGAAUUGUUACAAACGGGUAUCAUCCAGCACAGUGUAAGUUCUUUUGCUUCACCUGUAGUUCUAGUUAAGAAGAAAGAUGGGUCUUGGCGCAUGUGCAUAGAUUACAGAACUCUAAAUAAGCAGACUGUGAAGGAUAAAUAUCCCAUACCCCUCAUUGAAGAGCUGUUAGAUGAGUUGCAAGGAUCAAAAUUUUUUUCUAAGAUUGAUCUUAGAUCGGGAUACCAUCAAAUUAGAAUGUAUCCACCAGAUGUUCCAAAAACAGCUUUCAAAACUCAUGAAGGGCAUUAUGAAUAUUUAGUCAUGCCAUUUGGUCUCACCAAUGCACCUUCUACUUUUCAAUCUCUUAUGAAUGAUAUUUUCAGAGUUUACCUUCGAAAAUUUGUCUUGGUAUUCUUUGAUGAUAUCCUUGUUUACAGUAAGAGCUUGGAAGAGCAUAUCUACCAUUUGAGACAGGUAUUUAAGUUGUUGAGAGAUAAUGAGCUAUUUGCGAAGCAAAGCAAAUGUUUCUUUGGUUGUGACAGGAUAGAAUAUCUUGGGCACUAUAUCUCUGAAGGAGUUUCUACUGAUCCUAAGAAGAUUUUAGCUAUUCAGCAAUGGCCUCAACCGAAGACUGUUAAGGAAUUGAGGGGAUUUCUCGAUUUGAUAGGAUAUUAUCGAAGGUUUAUUCGGAAUUAUGGGAGUUUGAGUAAACCUUUGACAGAAUUGCUAAAAAAAGAAGGGUUUCAUUGGUCAAGGGAGGCUAGUGAAGCUUUUGAAUGGUUAAUACCCUUUUUGGUCCCUCUACUAUAGGAAAAAGCCCUUUUUUAGUCCUUAUACCGAAAAAAUUCCCUUUUUGAUC